ACACAACUCACCAAUGAAGGUAUGUAAUACUGCGGAACCUCUCCCAGAUAUGACCAAUGAGAAGUUCGCUUUGUUUUCAUACGGGUUUGGAGACAGGAGCCGUCAUGGUGCCACCGGUGAGAUACUGCAUCCCUGGCGAACGUCUGUGUAACUUGGAAGAGGGUAGCCCUGGCAGCGGCACCUACACCCGGCAUGGCUACAUCUUUUCGUCGCUGGCCGGCUGCCUGACAAAGAGGAGCGAGAAUGGCGCGCUUCCUGUGGUAUCUGUGAUGAGAGAAACAGAGUCCCAGUUACUGCCAGAUGUGGGAGCUAUUGUCACCUGUAAGGUCUCUAGCAUCAAUUCACGUUUUGCUAAAGUGCACAUCUUAUAUGUAGGCUCUACACCACUGAAGAACUCUUUUCGAGGAACUAUCCGGAAAGAAGAUGUUCGAGCGACUGAAAAAGACAAGGUUGAAAUUUAUAAGAGUUUCCGCCCAGGUGACAUUGUCUUGGCCAAAGUGAUAUCCCUAGGUGAUGCACAGUCCAAUUACUUGCUGACCACUGCUGAAAAUGAGCUUGGGGUGGUGGUGGCCCACAGUGAAUCAGGUGUCCAGAUGGUUCCCAUCAGCUGGUGUGAGAUGCAGUGCCCGAAGACCCACACCAAAGAAUUCCGGAAAGUGGCCCGAGUACAGCCGGAAUUCUUACAGACCUAGGAAGCUACAUUUUACCCCCCUCCCCCAAGGGAGGGAAGUAAGCUAUUUCCAAGGGUAUAUGUAUAAAAAUGGCUUCACAAUCUCAUGGUUUUUACUCACGUACAUAGGGCCAGCCAACAAUCACUGCUACAAAAACCUGCAAGUGAUUUUUCUCUACAUAGACCAUUAUUCUUAUGAACCUUUCAGUGAAUUGCAUCCUCCUGAAUAAUGUAACUUCUCUUUUAGAGAUACCAGCAAACAAAACUGUAUAAUGUUAAAAUAGCUUAUUUUUCCUGACAGUUACUAGAAAUAUAUAUAUUUUUGCUAUGACAAAACAUUUUUAUAUAUAGGUAUGUAGCACACAUCUGUAAUCUUAGCUCUCAGGAGGCUGAGGUAGGAGGAUUGUUAUAAGUUCAAGACCAGCCUGAACUACAUAGCAAGACCUGUCUCAAAAAGCAAACAAGUCAGGCAUGGUAUCACGGUCCCAGUAUUCAAGAGACAGACAAGAGAAUCUGCAAGUUCGAGGCCAGCUUGGGCUACAUAGUGAGUUUGGGGCCAGCCUGUAUUACAGACCCUGUCUCAAAAAAAAGAAAAGAAAAGGAACCAGUGUCAAUAUGGAGACCCUCAAACUACAUGCCCGAGGCUGUGUUCAGUACUGUGUAAAGGAAGCACCUUGGCACCGGUGAAUACAUUACCUUGUAAGCUUUACAGUAAGACAGAUCUGUUUGAAUGCUUCACUGCCAUGUGAUGACUGUGUGACAAAUAAAUUAGUUCAUUCCUAAAUAAAACAGAAA